AUGAGAGCCACCCGCCUAGUCCGUCCUGAACUUCGUCGUCAACUCAUUCUAGUUGGCGGCGCUGCCAGCAUUGCCCACGACUCUGUAUUCUAUACAGAGGAUGUGGAUGUUGCUGCACCGAGCGAUGUCAUUCAUGACAUCGCUAAGAGAGUGAUGGACGGUGCCCCCAACUUUUCUCUCGAGCCCGACGGCAAGAUUAUAUUCGAUGAUAGUCAAGGAAUACGCGUCCGAAUCGACAUUAUCGAAAUCGGAGACGCUAUCGAACGCAUCCACGUGGCAGAUCCCUUUUUCGAGGGCUCUGUUGCAUCCAUGUCGGACUUGCUGAGAUUGAGGGCCGUGACGGUGGCUGAACGUGGGAGUGAUGGUGAGGUUGCAGACUUUCGAUGGCUGUUGUCGGAGUUGGUAAAGGCAGGGAAAAUCCUUCCAGGGCUCAAUGUAGAAGAGCUAGAGUAUAUGCGCGGAGCUUGGAGACGCCUAGGGGUUGUGGAUUGCCUAUUAUUAUACUCAUUAUUACAGGAGGAGGAUGGGAGGUCGAUUAUUUUGUAA